AAAAUAUUAGUGUUUAUUAAUUAAAAGACCUAAUUAAAAUGUGGGACGACAAAAUCAAUGCCACCACUAGAAAAUAAUCUCGUUCCAAACAAGGUCUCAAUUUACUAUCUAUUACGUAGCAAGAUAAUUACUUCACUCAUUAGCCAUCUUCGUUAACUGAACCGCGACAUUUUGAAGUAAUAAGAUAACGCUUUAUCUUUCACUUAUUCUGGCGGGGUUCCUAUUCCGACCGCUCACAUUUAACCAGUCCAGCCUAAUUAAUUUCAAAACACACCGAAAAUAAUUAUAAAUUUUAAUGCCGUUUAAUUAUUGUCUUGAACCGUUCAAUGCAAAUUGUUUUCCACAGACGUGGCAAAUUAAACCAACCACCACCGCCCUCCCAGUUGCAAUAAAAUAGUGUUCGCUUAAAAAUUUUAAUUUAAUUUAUACGUGUUUACGCUUUAUUUCGCUACGUCUCAUUAAUUUUCUACUGCUUCCCAAUCAAACGCGUUUCUCUUUAUAAGUCACAUAUUAAAUUUAUUAGUAAUGAAUGAACCUAAUUAGGGGGAACCUUUUUCGUCGUCGUUUCUGCAGAGAAAACUCAUCAAAGGCGGCACAAAACCAUUCGCAAUUUCUACGUCUCUGUUCCGACAUAAUUUUAAUUGCAGAGAAAUAUUAAUUCGCACAAAACGAUAAUUACCAGCUAACCGCUAAAUUACUUGUCACCAUUUAAACCAGCUUCAAAUAUUUUAUUGUGUUCGGCACAUGAAUGCAUAUAAUUAUUUGUAGCUGCGAAAUACAUAAUCAGCAAAUUAGUAGUCAUAAUAAAACGUGUGACAACAGUCAUCACUUUGUAAAAUGAGUCGUGAAUGAAAGAUUAAUGAUAUAAUUUGUCAGCCAAAAGACACACACGCUUAACCUUUGACUUACUGAUAAAAAUUGGUUGGAUAUUUCCAUGAUCAUUAUUUAUCGAACGCACAACAAGGCAUCUAAACAUGGUUGUGUUGUUGUACUUGUGAAAACAUUGUUUAUAGACACUUAAUUGGAAUAAUGAGUAUGCAUAUUUGAAUUUAUUUAUGUGAUGUGAAGUGGCAUCAAUAAACUCCUCAAAAACUAGUUAAUUGUUUCAUAAUUUAAUCUGAUCUAACAAGUUAUUAUUGGUAAUCAAGAUGGAGUACCUGACGUGCACCAAAAUCCUCAACAUAAUGACCGUGUUGGGUUUCAUGGCAAACUACAUGUUACGCGUCAACUUAUCAAUAGCAGUGGUGGACAUGCUGGACACCAACGCCACCACCCAAGUACAACGUUUCAACUGGGACGUGGAGCAAAGAAACACCCUGUUGGGAGCCUUCUUCUGGGGCUACAUGAUCCCCACAAUCCUCGGAGGAAGACUGUCAGAAACCUUGGGACCGAGGCUCAUUUUCGGUGGUGGCAUGCUGACAGCCAGCAUCGUUACAGUACUGCAGCCGGCAACCUGCUACAUCCACUUUUACCUGGCGGUGGCUGCCCGGGUUGCCCUGGGGAUGUGCCUGGGAGUCACCUACCCGGCCAUCGGUCCCCUGGCCGUCAAAUGGAUACCCCCAUCCAACAGAUCCAAGUUUAUGGCCCACAUGCUGGCCCAAGGUUUGGGGGUGGCCGUUUCCCUUCCCGUUUGUGGCCUGUUGAUCUCCUGCUUCGGCUGGCCCAGCGUGUUCUACUGCACCGGCUUAUUGGGCUUAACUUGGAGUUGCCUGUGGUUUUAUUUGGUCUACGACUCACCCGCCAGCCAUCCCAGGAUUUCGCCGGAGGAGAGACAGGAAAUCGAAUCACAAAUGGGUCCUGUGCAGACUGUUUCAGAUAAACCACAGAAGAUGCCUUGGGGGCAAAUACUGUUGUCAUUGCCAGCUUGGGCUGUAAUUGUGGCUCAUUCUUUCAUAGCUUACUGCCAGUUCAUGAACAUAACCCAACUACCCACGUACUUAAGGGACGUAUUCGCCUUUGAUAUACAACAAAACGGACUGCUCUCAAGCCUGCCAAACUUAGGUCAGUACUGCGCUGCCAUCUUGGCUGGAUUCUGCGCAGACAAAAUCCGGAAGUCAGACAGACUCUCAACACUUGCCACCAGGAAACUGUUUGCUAGCUUAACGUGCUUCGUCCCAGCAAUUUUGACCCUGAUGUUAAUCUGGUGGGGUCGUUCAGUGACGGUCGCCAUGUUCUUCAUGACCACAUCAAUUUCCUUGAUUGGAUUCAUGAGUGCCGGACACUUGCCCAAUUGUUUGGAGAUUUCGCCAAACUUCUGCGGCACAAUCAUGGGCAUUGCCACCGCUAUCUCUUCAAUAGCUGGAUGGCUGGCCACCAAGACUGUUGCUAUUGUAACUAAAGACGACAGCUCCAUCAACAGUUGGAACACCGUGUUCAUCAUUAUGGUUGUGGUGUACACUUCAGGUGGGCUGUUCUUUGUGUUGUUUGCUGAUGGGAACGUCCAGAAAUGGAAUUCCAACAAGAAGGAAGAUGAUAAAGAAGAGAGGAAGAGUUUGAACGUAAAAAUUGAGUGCUAAAUCAGAAAACUGGUACGCCUCUGAAUUCAUUAAUGUUAACUCGUAAAUGUUACCACACGUUUGAUAAAAGCCAUAAACUUAAUGCACCUCUGUUGUAAAUAAAUCCUUAACACCAAAAUUAAUUAUUCCUGGUUACUUUGUAUUAAUUAAUUAAAAACUUGUAUUUUCUCAGUAUUUAGUGUAAGUGUACGUAAUUAAUGUUUCUGGGAGUUCGAAGUGACAAGUUCUUGUAACUGCAAAGAGCUUCCACAUUUUGCCACUGUGAUCAUUAGCACAUUAAGUGUUUUUUAUGUGCUCCAAUUUAUCAGUUACACCAUGAACUUUGUAAUUUAUGCAAUUUCGUGUAUGAAAAUAAUGAAAGUACAUGUUAGCUAAUUACUAUUUACAUAUUUUAUUAAAAACACUAUCUAAAUUGAUUUGUAGAACUAAUUAAAUGCUAAAAGUAC